CACGUGGUCAUCGACAUUUCUGAGGAACAGGUAAUGUGUUCUUUGUGGAGUUUUACACAUUCAUUCUAUAACAGUUAAUAUAUCAAUCUAUCCACCAAUCUGCAUCAGCUUAUCAUGGAUGGGAUCAUAGUGGCUGAAGGCUAAGCAGGUCACCCCACAUAUCCCUCUCCAAAGCAAUGUUUUUCAGAUCCUCCUGGGGGAUUCUGAGGUAGUCCCAGACCAGAUAGGAUAUAAAAUCCCUCUAGCAAUGUCUGGGUAGGGACUCCUUCCAUUUGGAUGUUCCUGGGACACCCUUACAGGGAGGCAACCUAAAGGCAACUCGAACAGAUGCCAGAACCACUUCAGCUGGCUCCUUUCAAUUUGAAUGGGCAGCAGCACUACUCCAGUCCACAUCUGCAUGUUCAAGUUCACCCUAUAAGGCUGAGUGUAGCUACCUUCCUGAGGAAACCCAGGAGUUCCUCAAAAGUGCUUCUUCCAUUCCACAAUAUCUACAGUCUAAGCCCCAUCUUUGCCCCAUCUUUCCUCAUCCUCCUGAGAGCUACUGAAAGUCUCACAGGCAGAAGCCUCUGCCAGGAGUUCCAGUCUAAGCCUUCCCCACCAUCUGAUUCAACCCAUCACCAGUGCACGCUGCAGAAAGGACCUUUAGAAACAGAUAGCAUCUUUCGUGGAAAUGGAGGGAAUCUACGCCAAUGUCGAACAUGAUAAGACUGAUGAAAACCCUCAGACCAUUCAGACAGGUCCUGAAAGCUCACCAAGGAGAUUUUACAGACCUGUUGCUCUAUUUCUGGGACUGCUCAGUGUUCUGCUGCUGGCUGGGAUCAUCACCCUCAGCAUCUUUUACCUAGCCUCAGUUCAUCGUUCAUCUGCAGAGCUCUCUGCCACCAAAGCCAAUCUAACCGAGCAUCUCCAGGCCAAAGAUCAGCAGCUGUCCUCGCUGACUGAACAGAAGGACCUUCUGAAUGUCAGCCUCACUGACAUGAGGAAAGAGCUGAAGAGACUGCAGAGUUUGUCCAAACAGAAGAAAACUUGCUCUGCAGGAUGGAAGAGGUUCGAAUGCUCCUGCUAUCUCUUCUCAGAGCAGAAAAACUCUUGGGAAGGAAGCAGGCAAGACUGCAGAAACAGAGACUCAGAUCUUGUGGUUAUCGAGAGUUCUGGGGAACAGGAAUUUGUCUCCAACAACAUUAAGGAUUGGGCUUGGAUUGGUCUGAGUGACAGAGAGAAUGAAAACAUCUGGAAAUGGACAGAUGGCACCCCGCUGACUCAGGGAUACUGGUGGUCUGGGCAGCCUGAUAAUGGUGGAGGAGAUCCACAGUGGGGCGAAGAAGACUGUGUUCAUUUAGAAAAUCACAGAGGAAAAGAGGCAAACUGGAAUGAUGUGCGAUGUGACAAGUCAUUGCUUUGGAUUUGUGAAAAAUAGCAAAGCAUUUAUGGAUCAUUGAAGUAAAAUAUAAUUGAAGUUAUUUACAAUGUGAAUUAUUAAAUAAUGAGUUUUUUAUGUUAAUGAUCUGUUGUUUUGUAAAAAGUACUAAUAAAGACCUCUUGCAGACAUUUGACAGCUGUGGUGUCUUGUAAAUCAUCAUGCUACACAUGAAUAACAAAAGUAGCAGAGGACCUUAAACUGAUUUAACUCCAGGUAUGGCUUAGGAAUAGUGUUGUCAAAUUAGGAUUCACUGACCCUAUUUAAAAUCAUCUAUUUUCAUACAUACAGAGGUAAAAUUGUUUCCUGAUCUCUGGAAAGUUUGUACGUUUGUCUCUCAUAGACAGUAGGCUAAUCUUACUCUGUUGAUGUCGUACGGCUAUCAUCCUCGUCAUUAGAUGCUUAAUAACAACAUGCUUGGAUAUGAUUGUUUUACCCCUAAAUAACUCCAUAAUGACUCAGUGUCUCUGCACGCUGGUUGUGCAAUGAUAGGCCAACAACACAAUAAGGGGAGCAUUAAAGCUGUUUUGAUUUGCACAUUUUAAUGUUGAGCUUUAACAAAUGAUUACAUCAUAAAGCUAUGUGGCGUGCGAACAUGGACCCAUAUUCAAACAUGUUUCUGAGCACCACAUGUUGACACUUCUCCUGUAUUAUCUCAUUUAACAUGAGCAUGGAGAGGUGCUAAAGAAAACUUGCUUUGGGAAUCAUGGAGCAGGUGUACCAUCCUCUUUUGCCAACAUUUUCCUUUUGGGUGUGUUUCAACAAAGUCCAGUUAUUUUCCAGCUCUGUCACUUUCACUUUCAGUUAUAAAUAAAAAAUUCCCCAGCAGAGUGGCAUUGCCGUGGUUGCAUUGUUAAAGGAGAGUAAAAAUAACUCUUUUCUACAUCAUUCCAACAUUAUAAACACUAGCUGUGCUAAAAAAAAAAAAAAAAAAAUUGCAAUUGGUGCAAGGUGGGUUUCCUCUGGUAAGAACAAAGCAGAGUUAACCUCAUAGCAGAGCAAUGCA